UUAGCGAAAAUCGACAUGAACUUUUGGGACAACUAUUUUUGUAACUUUGUUGUAUUUUUUUUUAGGAUGUUGCAUAACAAAUACUUCUACAAGCACAUUCACAAGCAACACCACGAAUGGACAGCUCCUAUCGCUGUCACGGCGAUCUACUGCCAUCCCCUGGAACACAUCUUCUCGAACCUGCUGCCUCCUGCAAUGGGUGUCCUGAUGCUCGGCUCGCACGUCGCUACCGCUUGGCUCUGGUUCUCUCUGGCAAUCCUCUCCACCCUGAACGCUCACUCGGGUUACCAUCUGCCGUUCUUCCCGUCACCGGAAGCCCACGAUUUCCAUCACCUGAAAUUCAACAAUUGCUUCGGAGUUCUCGGCGUGUUGGACAGACUUCACGGAACGGACACGAGCUUCAGAUCGACGAGGGCUUACAACAGGCACAUCAUGAUGCUGAGUUUCUUGCCGGCGCGCGAGAUCUUCCCCGAGUCGGACGCGUGCAAACACAAGCUUGGUAAAACCACCUAACAAUUUCCCGGGUCGCAGGAUCAACCCGAAAACGGAAUGAAAACACAAACUUGAUGUUACGAAACCAGUUUACUUAGAUUUAGCAUCUAACAUAAAUUACAUAUUUAUAAAUGAACGCAUAUAAAAUAUAUUUAUGUGUGAAUUUCAAGGAUAUACAAGAGGAAUCAAACAAAAAAAAAUAAGAGGAAACACACAUUAAAGGGUCUUUAUAUAACGGAGAAAAUUUUAUAUUAAAUAUAUAUAAAUAUAUAAGAUAUGUAUGAUUAAAUACAUGUAUUUACAAUUCCUGAUUGUGACCAGGACUAAGUAUAAUCCCGAUCGAUUGACUUUAUUUUUUUACACGAAAUCUCCGCACGAAUGAAAAUCAUUUAGUUUUUUUUCGUUUUCAUUUCUUUAAAUUCUCCUGAGUCGAUCAAUGUUUAGUGAUUAUACCAAUGUGAUUUACGUGUGCGAAAUGAUGGAUGAGACAACAACAAAAAAAAACAUUUUUGGGAUUUAAAGUUACCAAAAAGGCUGUAUUUUUUAAAUCUCUUAGAUAUAUACACACACACACUAUUCUCUUUCUGUCUCUAUAUAUAAAUAUAUAUACAUAUAAAUAUAUAUACAUACAUAAAUAAAUGAACGAUUUACAUUGUAAAGUAUCGACCGCUUGAUUCUUACUAGACUUAAGUCACUUUUAUCAUUGUAAUCGAAUGAAAUGUUUGUUUUUCGUCUUUACUUUUUUUCUUAUUCUCUUCCACCUUUACUUUUCGUUCUGUACAUAGGCGAGUUCGCACAGUGUAGGUUUCGUUGAUUCUUUUUCGUCCCUCGUUUCCCCUCUCAUAACGAGCACUUUGCAAGGAAACCUUAACGCAAUAAGUAUCAAUAAAAAGUGGGUUACAAAGUUGAAA